GCCGAGCGCAGUAAUUGUUCAAUAAUUGCUUCCGGGUGCAGAUUUUACGACGUGACGUGGGGGUAUGGACAUCACAGAAGCAGCAACAGUAGCAGCAAAAGGCAAAAUGAACCAGGUCCAGUCUAAUUCAAGUGAGCUAAAAGAAAAGUCAGUUUUCCCGACGUUGGUGUCAGUGCGUGCAGUGGCAUGUUCGAUCGUUGCUUUCGGUGGGGUGCAAAUUACCGCCAUUGCAUUCUGGUCCGAAAGCGGCGAUUGUUUAUGCACUUGGUCACGUGAUCACCGGCUUUGCUCAGCAUCCGGCAUGUUUACUUUGAGGCUUCCCCGCUAUUUGCUUCCGUUUUAGCAGAUAAAUGUUUACAUGACCGUGGCGGCAGGGACCGAGCGAAGUGUAGUUUGCCAGAUGAACACAGCAUUCUCAAGAGAGUAUGCGUGAGAGUGAGCAUUGGAUGAAUUGAAUGAUCGCGAUAAGAAUUUGUUGUGCGUAUGGUGUAGCAGGUGUCUUCACGCACACUCACGCAGUCUGUUGGUGGCUGCAACGUGCACCAACAUCAUCCAUUCUGCGGGACAAAACAAAACGCAGAUAAAAACAGACGCUCAGCAGGCUGCGAACUAUCACUUCCACUUGUCACUUGCUGGAACAGUUUGUGCAAAUUGCUCUUCUUUUAUCAGCAGUCGUUGUUUACUGCUCUCAAAUUACCAGUUUGAUAAAUUCGAAAAGCGACAAUGAGUUCCAGCGCAGAGCUAACCGGGUCCACAGAUAACAGCAACCGCUCGGGUGCUUCGGUCACAAUCAAAUCGAUAGACAGUCAGGUUGAACAGCGAGGAUCGCAGACGGAAAGCUACGAAAUGGUCGAUACGGGCAGGAACGAACGAGUCACAUUGACCGUGGAUGGUUUCGGCACGGUGAAGCAUCCGAAAACGGGUGCUACCGGGACGGUGAAACGAUUUACCUGGCAAAACGCGCACGGUACCUCGGUGCAGGUGAUUUCAUACGGGGCCAUCAUCACGGUGAUGAAGGUGCCGGAUCGAAACGGUCGUAUCGAUGAUGUGGUGCUCGGGUUCGACGACAUUCCCGGUUAUCAGACACCCAACAAUCCGUACUUUGGGGCGACCAUUGGCCGGAUUGCGAACCGUAUUGGUGGUGGCAAGUUUGCGCUCAACGGACAAGAGUACCAGGUGACGAAGAACUUCGCAAACCGGCACCAGCUGCAUGGCGGGAAGAUUGGUUUCGACAAGUACAACUGGGAAGCGUUCGUCGAUGGGACUGUGGUGACGCUGACGCACACUUCCCCCGACGGAGAUGAAGGAUAUCCGGGCGCGGUCAUGGUUAGCGUGCGGUACGAGCUGACAGCGGACAAUCGGUUCGAAGCACUGUUCAAGGCUGUUUCGACCAAACCGACGCCGAUUAACCUAACAAACCACUCUUACUUUAACCUGGCGGGUCAUUCUACCGGACAUGAGGAAAUCUAUCGCCAUGUUGUUAGCAUCAACGCAGAUAAGAUUACCGACACGGAUGCCGAUUCGAUACCGAGCGGCAAGUUCAUCUGUGUCGGUGGAACGCCGUACGAUUUGCGCAUACCGCGCGAACUUGGACCCGCUAUGUCAAAAACGGCCGGCGAAGGGUUCGACGAUAACUUUUGCAUCACCAAGGGCACCGAACAGGUCCGAACGUUUACGGCCCGCGUAGUCCAUCCGCACAGUGGACGUGUGCUGGAAGUGUACACCGACCAGCCUGGUGUGCAGUUCUAUACCAGCAACUUUAUGCCGGAUCCGAACAAGAAUAUUCGCCCAAAACCGGUCAACGCUCCGGAAUACUACGACGUGACGCGUCUCGAACCAGUCAUCCCCGAAGGUGUAGCCGAUCCGCCGAUUCGUGGUAAGGGUGGAGCAAAGUACUGCAAGCAUGGGGCAUUCUGUUUGGAAACACAAAAUUUCCCCGAUGCCAUCAAUCAUCACAACUUCCCUUCGGCGGUCCUAAACCCCGGGGCGCAGUACGUGCAUGAGGUUGUGUACAAAUUUGACGUACUUCGUGACUAACAACCAAACGGAUUUCUUUUCGCAACAAACCUAUCAGUAGUGUUGUAAGGGAAGGGAGGAAUAAAAUGCUUCUAAUGAUUAUAUUGUCAAUGUAAAGUAAAA